AUGGACGCCGCCCAGAACCAGACCGGGGAGGACCCUGAUGCAAACCUCACGUGUGAAAGUUUAAUAGACAUGGAGCACUAUCUGCAUUACUCGCUUGUUCCAUCAGUCAUCAUCAUUCUAGUGCUGGCCUGCCUUGAAAAGCGAUUGAGAAGGUGGAGCAUUGAUGGAAAACUGAACAGACUCUACGGACGUGGAGGGGUUGUGAUACCCUUUGAUUUUGUGGGCAUGUUCAGCAAUCGAUGGUCAUUUGGUUUUGCGUUUGGAGCAACUGCUGACAAAUUGGUGUUCCUGAUUGACCAAGAUUUCCCCCAACCGCCAAUGCCCAGCUGGGUUAGAGUCUUUUGGAUUAUGCUCAUCACCAUCGAAGUGGGGCUCUCCUCGUAUCCUUUCUUUGCCUGUCUUUCGACACGUUACCAGAAGACUGGAGCCACGCUAGGGUUUCUUUAUACAUUGAGCUGGUUAAUAGUGAUGCUUAUAGAUCUCGUGCAGUGUCCCCAUGGAGACUUUUAUUUUUUUCUGCCGUAUGCAGCCGUAGUUAUGUACUGGCCUUUGCUGCUGUGCCAGUUUUUCCUGCUAGGCCGAUUUCUUCACAUCUUGGUGAAAUCGUUAAACGCCUAUGGUGGGAAGGCUGUUCAACAGGAGGAGACGACUUUCCUGGAGUUGCAUCAAAUUCAGCAUGUCCAGCGCCUGAUGAAGAAGCCGCCACUGCAGCUGCCUCAGAAAUCCUGGAUUCGGCAGAGGUUGUAUGAAUGGGAUCCCUACUUUAAAUUCCCAAGCCGAAUGAUCAGCACAGCGGUGGUUGUCCUCAUCUGCCUUUACAUGUUUAUUAUGGCUGAGAUAAUCCUUUAUAGGUUUGUCUCACUUGCGGUCACAGCCUAUGGGGCAGAUUUGUUGGAGCUUGUUGCCAGGUUCAACGAAUCGCAAGAACUGAGCUGGAUGAUCAGUGGAGCGCGAGAAUUUUUUAUGGUUGCCCAAGGUGUCUGGCUAACCUCCAUCGUUCUUUCGACUCUGACAUAUAUUAUCUAUGUGCUCCACAUCUUAGCCUGCUACAGAAAACACAUGAAGCGGUUGCGAGUUGGCAAGAAGCUGUUCCUUUUAACAGACCUUUCUAAAGUUUCACAUUCUCUAAGCGUGGUGGCAGUGGCGAGAUACUCUUCUUGGCAAAUUGCAUACACAGUAUGGGGGUAUUUCCUUAUGCAUCUGGUGCAAUGGGUGGCUGGCAUGAUUUUCAUGUAUGUUGUGGUUCUACCCAUGGUACAUGGCCAGUGGACAGAGCUUUUCAACAAGUGGGGGACGGUGAUCCUCACCUUUGUCCUCGUCAAGCUGAUCAAGAAGCUUCAGCUUGUCAUGGCAGGGCUUUUCUUUCUUCAGCCCAAGAUUUCACCAGAAGACAAACAAAAGCCUCUGGCUCUCGAUAACAGAAAGGCGUUCCAGAACUUCACCUACUUUCUCUUCUUCUACACUGUGGUGAUGGGCCUGUUUUCCUGUCUGAUGAGGCUGAUUCGCAGCAUUGCUGUGGGAACGUGGCUAAUUGGGCGCAUAGACAGGACGGUCAUGCCCAAAGGUUACGAAGCCUGCGAUAUGGGGUUCAAGACAUGGGUUGGCAUGCUGCUCAUGGAUCACUACCACACGAAUCCCUGCCUCCUUUACUUCUGCCACAUCCUUGUUACCAAAAACAGAGAAAGAGAGCUUCAGAGACCUAAACACAGUACUGAGCUGAUGGGAACAGAUCACAAGGCGUCCAUCAGAGCCAGGACAAGAUGGCUGCUGCUGUAUACGCUACUGUACAACCCCAGUCUUAGGGCACUCAGGAAGCCAAAACCGUGGCCUCAAGCUGUGGCUUUCCCUCUGAACUAUUCCGUCUGAUGAGCUCUGCAGCUGAAAUGGUGCCAUAGAAGACCACAGAACAGACACUCUGAUUGGCAAACAGUGAUUUGUGAUUGGAACAAGACCU